CAAAAUCUCGGAGAGAAGCGAGAAAUUUUGAUACAAAUUCACAAUAUAUUUUCUCAGGUAUACCUAAAGAAUUCGAUCGAGAGGAAGAAAGUUCGGGUUUAUGGCACAGCAUUCUUAGGGAGCUUUUUAAAGGAAAUUUUUCUUCACCUAUUAGAGAGAAAUUAAAUAAUGGCGGGCUAACAAUAUUAGAUAUCGGUUGCGGUCUUGGAACUUGGUUGUUCGAAAUGUCGUCAGACUUUAAAGAAUGUCAAUAUAUUGGAGUGGAUUUAACAUCUAAACAAUUUAUUUCUAAUAAGCCAAAAAAUGUGAAUUUUGUCACGGCAGACAUUACCAAAGGACUUCCGUUUCGUGACGAAUCAAUUGAUUUUGUUCACAUUCGAAACUUAGUUUUUGAUCUCAGGGAUGAGCAAUGGGACUCUGUAAUUCAAGAUUGCACUCGAAUCUUGAAGCCCGGGGGAUUUAUCGAGGUAACUGAAGCCGAAAUAAACUCAAGGAAUAUCGGCCCUAUUAUGGAAAAGUUUGCAAGAAAAUUUGCGGACAUGAUGAAAGCCAAUAAUUUAAAAAAUAUUACUCAUCAUGAACGCAAUUUUCCCCUUGGAACAUGGUGCAAUGAUUUUGGAAGCGCGUUCAAGACAUAUAAUUUAGAAACAUUGCGCUCUACGGUUACAAGAUUUGGCUCAAAAGAUGUUGAUAACCAUCUAAAUGAACUUAUAGCUGAAUGCAACUAUCAUCGAACUUAUUUCAUUGUUCGUAAAUUUUUCGCGCAAAAGAUUUAA